AUGUGGGGUUCUGUUAUAUUGUGUUUCAUAUCUUUGAUUAUAGUUGCUUUUACUCAUUAUGUGUACAGAUGGAGAAAUCCAAAAUGCAAUGGAAUACUCCCACCGGGUUCAAUGGGUUUCCCUCUCAUCGGCCAAACGAUUCAGUUCUUUGCUUCCAACAAUUCCUUGGACGUACCAUACUUCUUCAGGAAGAGAUUCGCCAGGUACGGGACAAUGUUCCGGACUAGUUUGGCAGGUCACCCUAUCGUAGUAUCAUCGGAUCCAGAUUUUAACUACUUUAUAUUCCAACAAGAGAGAAAGUCAGUGGAGUUAUGGUACAUGGAUUCUUUCUCUGCCAUUUUUGGUGGAGGCCUUGAAUAUGCAACUGAUGCUCAAAUUCACAAGUACUUCAGAAAUGCCGCCUUGAAUCAUUUUGGUACUGAAGCUUUGAAGGAAAGACUUCUCCCUAAAAUUGAAAGGAUGUCUAACCAAGCAUUGGAAUCAUGGUCCAAUCAACCUUCUAUUGAACUCAAAUCAUCCAUUACAAGUAUGAUCUUCGAUUUAACUUCAAAGCAUCUCUUCGAUUAUGACUCAACGAAAUCUACAGAGAAUCUCAGUGAGAUGUUCGCGAGCUUCUUUCAAGGUCUUAUGACCUUUCCAGUUAACAUCCCUGGUACUGCUUUUCACAGAUGCAUGCAGAACCAAAAGAAGGCGAUGAAACUGAUGAAGGAUAUCCUACACAAAAGACGUAAUUCGCCUGAGGUUCCCCAACGUGGGGAUUUUCUUGAUCAAGUCCUGGAAGACAUGAAAAAAGAGAAUUUCCUAACAGAUGAUUUCGUUAUUUACGUGAUAUUUGGGCUUCUUCUUGCUAGUUUCGCAACAAUUUCAGCCAUUGUGACUUUGGCAAUGACAUUUCUGACAGACCACCCUUUGGUAGUGAAAGAACUAUUGGAAGAGCAAGAAGCAAUUCUGAAAGACAGGGAAAAUGUUGAUUCUCCACUCACAUGGAAAGAGUUGAAAUCCAUGACUUUAUAUGUCACAGGUGCUCGUAACCCUUUAUUCACGUUAUAUGUUAUUACUGAAACAUUAAGGAUGUCGAGUAUUGCACCCGGGAUACUAAGAAAAGCAAUCAAAGAUAUCGAUAUUAAUGGAUAUGGAAUUCCAAAAGGGUGGACGAUUAUGGUUGUUACUUCAGCUAUUCAUAUGAAUCCGGACAAAUAUAAAUAUCCAUUUUCCUUCAAUCCAGCAAGAUGGAACGUAAGUUUGAAACCUGCUGCUGCCGCUGCUGUUGAGGCGUUAUCACAAUUGACACACUUUGCUGGUAAUAUGGAUGCAGCUGAGAGAGCAAUGGCUGCUGGAGUGCAAGGCAGACAUUGGAAUCCUAACAAUGAACUAGGAGUUGGAGGAAGAGGAAGAGGAGGAGGAAUGUACAGUCAAAUGCCAAUGCCGCUUCAGCAUGCUCCCUAUCCGGUUGAUUUUAGGGAUCCUAGUGCAAAUAUGUCAUCCAAAAACUUCAUUUCAUUCGGGUCCGGGAUGAGGAAUUGCGUUGGAGCAGAGUUCAGCAAGACGUUGAUGGGCAUAUUUCUACAUGUCUUGGUCACUAAGUUCACGUGGACAAAAAUUAAGGGAGGGAAUGCAUUUCGUACCCCAUCUUUGUCAUUCGGAGACGGCUUCCAUGUGAAAAUCUCCAAAAAAAGAGAUGGCAUCAAGGCGAGCACAACUAGUUUGGAAGUGGAUGCUCGUAAUUAA